UGAGGGGCGGAUGACAGCAAUCGAUCAGCUGGAUGGAGUCUCAAGUGGGUAUAAAAUCCCGGGUCAGACCAUCAGUUGUCAGUCAGUUGUGAGUACAAACUCAGAGACAACAAGUUAACUAAAAACCUUCGAUCCAAAGUCAAGGAAACCAUAAUCCCGACAAGGAAAAGCCAUCCGCAAAAUGCAUUGCCUACUUCAACUGAGUCUGGCUGUGGCCCUUUGCGCCCUUUUAGCCCCAACCACUACCUUGGCCGAACGGCGCAAUGUAUUCCGCGUGGGUGGUCCUCGGUCCGCGGAUGCUCCCAUUGAAGCCCGCUUCACUUCGUCGAUUGCCAACAAACUGACCUCGCUAAAGGGCAGCACUACGACGACCACGGUAGCACCCACAACGACCAGCCUCACCCCCACAACCUCCACCGAUACAACCUCGCCCACAUCACCCACCACCUCCACCGGAACCUCGACCAGCACAUCCACCCCCACUUCCAGUUCCAGCACUGGUCGUGGUUUCGACCCUAGUCACGAGGAUGCUGACGAGGACGAUGAAGAAAUGGCCAGGUCAUUUGAGGAGGGGGACGAUGAUGAUGCUGGCAGCUUGGAGGAUGACGACGAUAACGACGAGGAGGGUGAGGAGAACUACUAUGUCGCUGCACCAUCAUCUGCCGGUGGUAGCAAUUCGGUACAACAAUCCUCCGAAUCUGGUUCCCUUGUCCGACCCUCGGAACUCCAGUGGCGUCAAUUCCAAACGGAGCAACGCAACCGCCGCCGGAUCCAGCGCCUUCAGCGGGAGCAUAACCAGCGAAUCAGGGCACUCCUGCGCCGCCAGAGGGCCGCCGACAAGCGCAACCAGCAACGCUUGCGCCGCCAACGCCAGCAGAGCCGCCGACGCGUCUCGCAGCGCCAGCGCCGCAACCGCAACCGCUCUAAGGCCCAACGUCAGAGGCAGAGAAAGAACAACGUGAGCCGCCGCCGUCGUCAGCAGCAGCAGCGCCAGCGCAGACACCGCCAGCAGCAGCGUCGUCGCCUGAUGCGCAUCCUGCGCCGUCGUCGUCGCGGUGGACGUCGCGUCUAAGGAACUGAUCCCGAUCUGAUGAUCUCGAUACAGACCUUUGAAAGAUACCCAGUCGA